GCCCCGCCCUCGGUCUUGGCCGCGAUUGGCUGGGCGCUCAGCCUAUCAGAGGGCUCCGGAAGUGACGGAGGUGUUGUGCCCUCUGUAUGCAGGCGCGCGGGAUGGCGGCUCCGCCUCUGCUGGUAGCGGGGCGGUUGGGGGCAGUGGGGGAGGGGCUCAGGCAGCGUCUCCGGGAGGCCGUGGCAGUGCUGGGUGGGGGCAGCCUUCUCUGCGCCUCGUACCUGGUAGCCGCAGGUGAGGAGCGGUUCUAUGCCGAGCGUCUGAUGCCGGGGCUGCAGUGGCUGCUGGGGCCCGAGACCGCCCACGUGCUCGCCAUCCGCCUGCUCAGCCUGGGGGUCCUGCCCCGCGUGGCCCAGCGCGACUCGCCCAUGCUGGAGGUGUGCGUCCUGGGACGGAGGUUCCGGAACCCGGUAGGCCUGGCAGCCGGCUUUGACAAGCACGGGGAAGCUGUGGAUGGGCUCUCCAAGCUGGGAUUUGGCUUUGUGGAAGUGGGGAGUGUCACCCCACAGCCUCAGGAAGGGAACCCCAAACCUCGGGUCUUUCGGCUGCCAGAGGACCAGGCUGUCAUUAACAGAUACGGCUUUAACAGCCAUGGACAUGCCGCCGUGGAGCAUAGGCUUCGGGCCCGGCAGGAAGUGCAGCUCCAGCUCACCAAAGCUGGGAUGCCCCUCGGAAUAAACCUGGGUAAGAACAAGGGCUCGGCCGAUGCUGCGGCAGAUUACGUGGAUGGAGUCCGGAUGCUGGGCCCGCUGGCCGACUACCUGGUGGUGAACGUGUCCAGUCCAAACACGCCGGGGCUGCGGGACCUGCAGGGCAAAGCCGAGCUGCGCCGCCUGCUGGCCAAGGUGCUGGAGGAGAGGGAUGCCCUGAGGUGUGAGUGCAAGCCAGCCGUGCUGGUGAAGAUUGCCCCUGACCUGACUGCCCAGGACAAGCAGGACAUAGCCAGUGUGGUGACAGAGCUAGGUGUGGAUGGGCUGGUCGUCACCAACACCACCACCAGCCGUCCCAGCAGCCUGCGGGGCACCCUGCGCACAGAGCCUGGCGGCCUCAGCGGGCGGCCCCUGCGAGCACUCUCCACUCAGACGGUCAGCGAGAUGUACGCCCUCACCCAAGGGAAGGUGCCCAUCAUCGGCGUGGGCGGGGUGAGCAGCGGGCAGGAUGCACUGGAGAAGAUCAGGGCUGGGGCCUCCCUGGUGCAGAUGUACACGGCGCUCACCUACCAGGGGCCCCCUGUGGUGGGGGUGGUGAAACGGGAACUAGAGGUGCUGCUGAGGGAGCAGGGGUUUCAGAGCGUCACAGAAGCUGUUGGAGCAGAUCAUCGGUGCUGACGGGCGUGUGGUGCUGUGGAUGGGGUUCUCUGUGCUGCCUUUGGAUGCCCCAGCCUGAAGAAGCUGCAGUGCCCUGGGAGCAGUGAUUGGCACCUCUUGG